AUGGUAGCUGCAGAUCAAUGUACCAUAGUGCUUUCAAGCACCUGUUACAGUAUCCUCAGCUGUGGCCCUUACAUCUCUUUUAAUGAGGUUUUUCAACCAAGAUUAACUAUUUGGGUAAGCAAGAAAAUAUUUCCAAGCAGCCGAGGUGAUGGGGGAUUUCCAAAGGGAAGUCUCCCCAUCUCGAAGGAAGAAAAUCGCAAGAAGAAAAGUGAUGUGGAAGGGACAUACCUGGUUCCAGUAAAUGGCUAUGGACACCAUUUCAACAAAAUCAAUCACCUCUACUCUUUUUAGUCAUUUCUCCAUUUGUAUUACAUAUGGUGUAUGGGUUUGAUGAGGUCAUGGUGUCAUAUAUUGGGAAUUGUUUCUGUGUAAAUCAUCAAGUGUGAGAAGAAACUUUGGGACUCUGAGCCUUGCUUUAGAGAAUUAACAGUGUACCAAACGUGUACCAUAAAGGAUAGUUUUUAACAUUCUGACUCAAGUGAAAGCUCUCAGAAUUUCACACUGUGAAUCCAUGUUUACAAACAUUACAGGUGGGCCCUCAGGCCUAGUUCUACCACAGCAAUGUCUUCCACUACUCAAACUCCACUGCUCACAUGCACCGGUAAACAGCUCUCUCCAUUUCCACCAUCCUGAACUGCUUCUUGCAGAGGCUGAGAGUCCCCUUUUUUAAUUUU